AUGAACAAAGAAGAAGAACCUAUUUAAGAACCAUUAAUUAAUGAUGGCAAUUAAUAAAUCAAAGGAAAAAGCAACAGGGGAAUGUCUCAAUUGUCUGCUUUGACUGAACAAUCAAAAAAUGAGACUCAUCUUUAUGAAAUUCCAGAUCUAUCUAAUGUUACGCAAAAUGUUCUUUGUCGUUUAAUAGCAGUUUCAGUGGUUUGCAUAGUAUUUUUGAUAGCAGAAGUUUUUAUUAUGAUUUAAGUUUUAAGGUAGUAGGAGGAUUAUGGGCAUAAUCACUAGCCAUAUUAUCUGACGCAGCUCAUAUGUUUUCUGAUAUGAGUGGGUUUUUUAUAUCAAUAUUUUCAAUUUGGUUGAGUUAACGACCUGCAUCUUAGAAAAUGUCUUUUGGAUAUCAUCGAGCAGAGGUAAUUGGAGCAUUGGCAAGUAUCGUAUUGAUUUGGGGUCUUACUAUUUUAUUGUUAUAUGAGGCAACAGAAAGAAUGAUAAACAAGUCUUUGGUAACUGAACCACUUAUAAUGUUAAUUACAGCAGGAUUUGGAUUAUUUUGUAAUUUAGUAAUGGCAAAAGUAUUGCAUUCAUCACCAACUGGUGGACAUGAUCAUGGAAAUAUUAUGCAUUAAUGUAGUGGACAUCAUCAUGGUCAUGAACAUGAUCAUAAUCACGAUCAUAAUCAUGAACAUGAACAUGAUCAUCAUGAAGGUGAAAAAAAAUAAUAAAAGAAGAAAUAUCAUGUUAAAUAAAAACGAUCAAUGGUUAGUGAGAAUGGAGUAAGUAUGUUAGUUGUUGAAUAAAGUAUUGAAUCUGAUUCUAAUAACAGCAAGAGUAAUAAAACUAUUGAAGAAGUCAGUAGUGAAAGUAAAUAAACAAGUAAUGGUAAACAAAAUUAUUCUUAAUAAUAAAUUAUUUAAUAAUAAAAUUAGAAAGAAAUUUUAGAUCAUAAUCACUCUGAAAAUUGUGAUCAUGAUCAUUCAAUAUAAAUAGGUUCUGAUGAAUUUGUAAGUUAAAACAAUACUUCAAAAAAGAUGGAUAAUAAAAAUAAUUCAGAUCAUAAUCAUAGUUGUUCACAUGAUCACCAUGAUCAUAGUGAUAGUGAUUCUCAUGAACAUCAUGAUGAUGAUCAUCAUCAUCAUCAUAGAGAUGAGUUGACUAAAAAAAGAAAUAAAAAAUUGAAAAAUCAUAAUCUUUCAGAAAUAAAUGAACAUGAUAAUUAUAAUUUGAAAGCAGCUAUGAUUCAUGUAAUAGGAGAUAUUUUACAAUCAAUAGGAGUAUUAAUAGCAGCUUUAUUAAUCUAUUUUUUUGGGCAAGAAAAAGAUGAAAAUCAUCAAAUUAUAUUCACUUAUUGGUAAUAUGCUGAUCCAUUAUGCACAUAUUUAUUUAGUAUUCUAGUUCUCUUUACAACUUUUGGGGUUGCAAAAGAAUGUUUGCGAGUGUUAAUGGAAGGUACUCCAACAAGUAAUCAAUUAGAAUAAUUAUCUAGACUUAAUUAUAGAAGAGUUCAGAGAUAAAUUAAAUGCAAUUCAUAGAGUAAGGGAAGUUCACGAUCUUCAUAUUUGGUCUUUAUCUGUAGGUAAACCAGCUAUGUCUGCACACAUAGUUUGUAUAGAGAACCCUGAAUAUGUAUUAAAGAAAGCAACAAAAUUAUGUAGGAAAUUUGGAAUCUAUCAUUCAACCAUUUAAAUUGAACUCUCAGAUAGAUAAGGAGCAAAUGAUUACAUUAAAUGUAAUCAUAACUUGCAUAAAUGAUU